AUGAACGAAGCAAUCAGAAAUCCUGUUACACCGUUCUCGAUCACCGAUAUUUUGAAUCGUAAUGAUGUCCCACAGCAGAAUAACAGCAGCCUUCCUUCUUGGAGUCAGCACCCUGCCCACACUCAUCCCGUGUCGCCGACAUAUUUGCCAUUACCGUACUUUCAAAGCGCUUUACCCAUCCAUCAGCUGAGCUGCUACAAAACAUUCACUGCCUCGCAAGUUCCUACAGCAUUGCCCUCACUUAGUAGAGAACGAAAACCUGAAGAAAUCGCAGAGCGAGCAGAAGAAAUAGCGAAAGUUCACAGUAAGUCACACAGUUACCGUUCACAAUUUAAAAUUCACUUUUACAGACCGAGUUAAUUUGUGUCAAUUAAACUAUUCUCAAUUAAGCAAUUGCACAUGUUCUGAUUUACAGCUUUUUGUUUCUUCAUUACAGAAAACCAAGAAAGAGAUGUCAACCACACCUCGACUUCCAACCCUCAACAACAGGCCAAACCGCGAAAGAAGCGAUCAAGAGCGGCCUUCUCUCACGCUCAAGUAUUCGAGUUAGAAAGACGGUUCAGCCAUCAAAAAUAUUUGUCUGGACCUGAGAGAGCAGAGCUUGCUGCUGCUUUAAAACUGACUGAGACACAGGUUAAAAUCUGGUUUCAGAACAGGAGAUACAAAACAAAACGACGUCAGCUCGCAUCAGAAAUUUGCCCUCCGAGUGCGGCGAAGAAAGUCGCGGUACGAGUUUUGGUUCGGGAUGAUCACAAACAGUAUGAAGACAUAGGAUUAUCGGGUCUAUCAAUGGCGCCAUUUGGCAGUCAAACCUUCGCUCCCCCUUGUGGUUUUUACUACAGAUGAAUUCAAGAUUACUAAAUCAAGUCCCAAAUGCAACAACAAACAGACCCUUCAAACCAAACCCUGCGAACACGAAGACAGUGACACUCAAAGAGUACCAUUCAAACAAUUUAAUCGCUGCCGUCCUCGAUGGCUCAAUCCCGAAACAAUUCUGCUUUAACACCAAAUAGCGGCAAAAAGGUAAAAAGAUUAGCGGAGGAUAACGUUUUAACUCCUAGCUACGGAAGUAAAUCACUUGCGUCCGGUGAAUUACAUGGAGUGGUCUACUCUCUCAAAGUUUACUCACAUCAUCGAAAUUAGAUUGCGCGAGUGUUAGGCUCUUAAUUACCUUUAAUCCAAGAUUAAGAUUAACGAGAGUGUAUGAUAGUGUUCAGAUUGAGUGGGGGACUGAAAAAAAUUCCCAAAAGAAACAAUUAUAGGCCUUAAGUUGAAGCAACGGUUAUUGGUAGACAUCGAAAGGGAAUAGGGACAUGAACUAUAUUUCAAUUUUGUACCGACAAUAGCACUAAACUCAACCGCGUACCAAAGUACGCUAAUUUGAUUUCUAUAGCAUCACUGUAGCUAAAAACCAUCUAAGUAAUAUUUUCCCAAACUUUUUUAACAUCACAAAUAGCGAAAAAAUUCACCGAAUUAGGUCGGAGAGCGCAUAAGAAAGACAUGGUCGCCAGUGAUAAACAAAUACACAUCCUUGAAAGAAGAGUGAGCCGAUUUUUAUUUCAUUGAUUCCUACGCGUAGAAAUGUUAAGUCGCGACGAGCUGAAAUACAGUCACAAGUAAUUCGGGAGAGAGCCGCAACUUUAUGCAGCACAAAUAGAAAGUAUAAAAAGGCCCGGGUGACAUGUUUGUCCACAUCUCUUUUGAAUUACUUCAGCUUUAAUUGAUGCCUGGAGUUUCACAUCCGAGAGCGCUUUGUUAACUCUAGAUGGUGCGCAAGAAUUUAACGGUCGAAAUCAUUGCAUUUUUUCGAUUGAGUCAUUUACCGAGAGUGAGAUAGAGCGAUAGAUAAGUAUCACAGCGACACCCGAAAUACAAUUACAGUCGACUGAAUUUGAUUACAGUGCAUCGUUCAUCAACUACAAAGAUACUCAUUAGUGCUCAUUACAAGGGCUUUUAUUCUGGGGCUUAAUGUGAUUGUAAAACACUUCUUUAAUACUCAUUUAGGUGCCCCUCCCACGACACCAUUUGAACGACAAGAUGAUUCGUUUAUGCCACGCUUAAUGGAUCUCGUUUAACAUGUCAUUCUCACGGAUAGGAUUCCCUUCACUUCCAAACUCAAGCAAAAAGCUUGAGGAAAUUUAAAGAGACACUUCAGGGCAGUUAGAUGGCCGACGGAAGUGUGAAACCGAAGACAAAGCCAUCUGUUAAAUCCAUUACCAACAUACGAGUCUAAAUGCGUUGGUCUAGGUACUUGAAUAAACUUUAAUGGAAGUUAAAUUUUCAUGAAUAGCUAAAGCCCGUUUUAGUUUCUUCAAUGUUAGCAUUUCUUUUCUCGGAUGCCAUGGUUUCCUGUUUGCUAAAGUCGCACUAAGAAUGGCACAUCGUUUGAAGGUGUUAAUGGCCAUUUAUAUUAUCAUCGCAUCGCUUUGUGUGGAGUGUUCUAUUUAGAGAUGUGUGUUUAAUAUGAGAAAAUCAAUUCCCAGUAAUAACAGGC